ACUUUAUGGACUUUCCCAAUAAGGAGGCCUACUGUGGUCUUGAAACAACUUAGUCAUUGAGUGAAUACAGUGAGGAUGGAUGUUUCUCCUGAAACUAAACUUAUCCAGCAGUUAACAUUCAGUUACAAAAGCUUUGCUCGUUCAUCUGAAUUGACUGAUGGCUCGUCACCAAGUGACUCCAGCUGUGACUUGAAUAAAUACCCCGAUCUCCCAAAGGAGGUCCCUCUGAAACAGCUGCCCUCUGGUAGCUCAAAUGUGUUGGACGAAAACCUGUCCAACCUCAAAGUGACAUACAAGGACUGUUCCAGUCAGGACACUCCUAUACCUGUAUGUGCUGUACCUAUCACUUUCGCCGUUGGAGUGACCAUUGCUCUGAUCCUGCAUAUUUACCUGGGGGAAAGUUUGGUGUUUGUAAAAGGUGUGUUGGUGUCGGAUCACGAGCGCUGCACUGCACUCGGCCAGAGAGUCCUUCAGGAUCAUGGAUCCAGUGUGGAUGCAGCCAUCACGGCCGCCCUGUGUUUGGGUGUUGUGCAUCCACAUGUGUCCGGUAUUGGUGGAGGUGGGGUGAUGCUGGUCCAUGACAUCCAUAGGAAUGAAACCAGGGUGAUACAUUUUCUGGGAAGUGCACCUAAAACACUCAAAGAGGAGAUGCUGCAAAAUGUUUCAGAAGUAAAGGCAGGUCUCCAUGUGGGAGUGCCAGGUAUGUUCAGAGGGUUACACCAUGCUCACAGCCUGUAUGGGAGUCUACCAUGGGAGGAUGUGGUUGCUCGAGCCACCGCUGUUGCCAAAGAAGGUUUCAAUGUGUCUUUCACUCUUGCUGAGGCUAUAUCAAAGGUGAAGGGUGAGCAGCUAUCGCAACGUUUUCGGGACACGUUCUUCCCAGAUGGCCAGGCUCUGCUUCCUGGCUCAUUUCUUAGGAUGCCCAGUCUGGCUCUCGUCCUAGAGGCUGGUCUGUUGAACUUCUACGAUGGGAACGUCUCACAAGAGAUGGAGGAUGAGGUUAAUGGCAUCCACACAUUAAAUGGAGUGCGGGCUAAUGGUGGGGUCCUAAGCGCAGAAGACAUCAGUAACUACAGCGUACAAGUGGAGCAGCCGGUGGAAGGCUUGUUCAAUGAAUUUAUUAUUCAAGUUCCUCCUCCCCCAUCGGCUGGUGCAGCAUUGAUAUCAGCGCUCAACCUUUUGGCAGGCUUCCAUCUCAGCGAGAACAAUAACACAGAUAAUCAAACAUACCACUGGAUUGCUGAGGCGCUGAAAGCAGCACUGGCUAUGGCGAGUGGUUUGGGUGACCCUAAAUAUAACUCUUCAGUGAGUGAGCUGCUCUCUGACAUGCUGAGCAAGAGCCACGCUGAAGUGCUUCGCCAGAGGAUCAAUUACUCCCAUACGUCUCUACCCGAGUCCUACUCGGUUGUCCACUCCCUACAGACAGACGUGAUGGCUGGCCAAGUAGUAGUCAUGGGACCAGAUGACCUUGUGGUAUCAGUUGCAAGUUCCUUGAGCAGGCCAUUUGGUAGCAGAAUCAUAACUCGGUCCGGUGUUAUUCUCAACAGCCUCAUCCUUGACUUCUCCUGGCCAAACAAAACCAGAGGGCAACUCGAAACCAACCAGAGAAACCGAGUCCAGCCAGGAAAGAGGCCUUUAUCAUCUCUAAUGCCCACAAUAGUGGUGCCAGCGUGGCACAAAUGUGGGAUCCACAUGGCACUAGGCAGCUCAGAUGGACAACAGAGUUUGGGUGUGAUCACCCAGGUGUUGAUCACUGCGCUGUCCUUACAUAAAGAGAAAAAUGGCAGCCUCCCCCUGAGAAGACUCUAUCCCCAACUGCAGCCCAACAGGCUUCUUGUUGACCCUGAGUUUCCAGAAGAGAGUCUGCAGUUUUUGCAAGAAAAGGGCCACGUAGUUCAAAGAGUGAAGACAAACUCUGUUGUCCACGGGAUCCUGAGGAACAAAGAUGGCAUCACGGCCUUAACAGUACCAGAAUAAUCUGAUAAGUUUAUGAUAGUUUUAUUGUUCUCGUGAAUUUUUUCCAUAAAUAUCUUUCAAGGGCAUAUUAUAAAGUCGUAUCUGGAUGAGCUGUUGUUGCUCUGUAUGAAGUUAUGUUUAGGAUUGUUGUUCUCCAGCAGCUCAUGUUAUUGUGGUCACCAGCCAACAGAGGGCAGUCCUGCAACAAGUACCUUCUAGUAAAGAUGGCAAACGUGUUUAUUCAUAUGAAGUGUCUUUAAAACUGAUUAAAUGAACAAUAGAGCUCCGAUCUGA